UAUUUCUGGCUAGCGUGCUUAGCCAAUUAGCUGAGAACGGUUGUGCGCGUGCAAACAAGCGGUAAUUAUUAAUCAAUCACAUCUAUCAAUGUAAGUUCACGAUGUCGUGAUUAGAGACUGCAGCUCACGUGACAACCUGGACGCGGACACCCUGCACAGGACAACUCAUGUCCAAUCCUGGUCCCAUCUGAUCUGAUCCUCCAGUGACACCAUGUCCAGUCAGAAAGGACUAACUCCCUCUCUGCGCUUCGGCCAGGUGGUCAUCGGACCUCCAGGCUCCGGAAAAACCACCUACUGCCAAGGCAUGCAGGAGUUCCUCACCCAGCUGGGACGCAAAGUAGUUAUUGUGAAUAUGGACCCUGCCAAUGAAGGACUACCUUAUUCCUGUGCGGUAGAUAUCUCAGAGCUGGUCACUCUGGAUGAUGUCAUGGAGGGAUUGAAGCUGGGACCCAACGGUGGGCUCUUGUACUGUAUGGACUAUGUUGAAGCAAAUCUGGACUGGUUAGAGAAUAAGCUCAAACAACACAGUGACUGCUACUUCUUGUUUGACUGCCCUGGACAAGUGGAGCUCUACACCCACCAAAGUUCAGUCAAAAAUAUAUUCUCCCAGCUGGCCAAGUGGAAUUUCAGGCUGACAGCGGUGCACCUUGUGGACUCUCAUUACUGCGCUGACCCAGCCAAGUUCAUCUCUGUGCUAUGUACCUCCCUGUCCACCAUGCUGCAUGUGGAGCUUCCCCACGUCAACGUCCUCUCCAAGAUGGACUUGAUUGAGCAGUAUGGCAAACUGGCCUUCAACCUUGACUUCUACACAGAGGUCAUGGAUCUGACCUAUCUUCUCGAUCACCUGGCUGCUGACCCCUUCUUUAAAAAAUUCCACCGUCUGAAUGAAAAGUUGGCAGAGGUCAUUCAAGAUUACAGCCUUGUCUCCUUUGUGCCUCUCAACGUACAGGACAAAGAAAGCAUGAUUCAGGUCUUACGAGCAGUGGACAAGGCCAACGGCUACUGCUUUGGAGACCUGGAGGAGAGGAAUCUGCAGGCCAUGAUGUCAGCUGCUGUGGGGGCAGACUUCCAGUUCGACUCUACUCUUGGAGUGCAAGAGCGGUAUGUUGAAACCAGUGGACAGACUGUGGAAGAGGAAAUGAUGGACCUGUAAAUUGAAAAAGCUUAAAUAAAAAGGACAAAACUGUUUUGCCUUUUUAGCACCAGUAUACUCGAGGAGUCUUGGCAACAUCCAUCUCACUUGGCCUGAAUUCUGAGCAUCUCUACAGAAGCAGUGCAGAGAUGGGAACUAAAUUUGGGUGCUGAAGAUGCUUCAAGGUUAAAAAAAAAAAAAAAAAAAUCACAAUGAGGACGACUGAAAAGAGUAAAUGCUGAGCUUUUCUUCACUUAUCAGUGAGAGUGGUGUCAUUAAUCGUGUUUCUCUAAAGAUGACAAGGAAGUUUUCAAUAAAUGCUGAUUCAUUUGCUUGUUACGUAUGAAAUGAAAGGCUUUUGUUACAUGUUCACAUCUCCCAUAUUUUUAAGAAACCUCGCGGUAUGGGGAAGUGUAUACAGUCAUAUUCAUUCUGAAACAAUAAAGUUACUGCAAAGACGGA